AUGGAUCCAAUCGGCGCUACGCCCUCUUUAACACCCGAGCAACUCCAGAACCUGCUACGACUGAUUGAAUAUCCUCCUCGAAAUCUUCGACCCCCAUCUUCUACACGCAAACGCCCCCCUCGCCGGAGGCAGACCGCCCUACUCGAAAUCUUCGUCCCCGACUUACUCAACCCAAGCGCUACGCCGUGCCUGAACUCCGACUCCGACUUGUCCGACGCUCCCUCGAUGACUUCUAAAACCAAGGAAAACACCACCGAUAAACCCACCAUAAUCUCAGACACAGAUUCCCCCGGCAACGUUCCCUCGUCGACAUCCCAAACCAAUAAAAAUACGCCAUUGAACCGCUCACACCCUCCGAUACAGCGCCACCCACCGCGCCAGCCUCAGUCUCUGGCGCUUCCCCAAUGGCCUCUCAAAUCAAGGCAGCAACCGAGGAGCCGGACAUCGACUCCGAAGCUGAAGAAGAGCAGUGCGGAAAAUGGCUGCAUGUGUGAUAUCAAAGACCUCCAAGACGCGCUCAAGGGGGCGCUGGUGGAUAUGAAGGUGGAGCCGGACGAGGUCUUGUACGGGGUGCUGGAGAGGCUCAAUGAUUCGACUGUGGAGCUAAAGAAGAGCACGACGGAGUUGUUUGAGACGUUGAAGAAGAGGGAGGGGAUCAAGGGGUCAAUUGAUGAGAAGGAUGAUGGGGAAGUCGACAAAACAUCAGUUGCUGAGGAUGAUAAAAGGAAUGACGCGGAUGGCGACAAAAGCGAGGAAAUGAGCGUUGCCAAGGAUGAUGGGGACCACGAUGAAGAUUAUGACAAUGAUGAGGGCGAUGACGAUGAGCUUGACGACUUUGUCGGAGACGACAGCGACAAUGAUGAUUAUGAGGAUGGCGAUAAGGACUAUCGUGGGGACAGUGACGGUGAGAACCUUGACACAUUCAUCGAUAAACUCGCGAGAUAUCAACGGUGA